GAAGUGAGCUCUCCCCAGCGGCUGUGCUCACUGAGAUACAGCGCAGCCUUAGCAACAGCUAACCUGCUGCUCGACAUGGACCUCUGAGGACAAACUCAGACGCAUUUUGACGGUUUUUAGAGGACUUUCGUACAGCUUGUGCUUCACACACACACACACACACACACACGUAGAGGAGUUGUGUUUCUGCGACAGGGACACAGACAAAGGAUACUCUGUGAAGUUAAAGCAGUGAACCGGACUGGUGGAAGGUGUCUAUCCGUCACAGCUGUAACUAUGGGGAGCCGGGGACACUACCGGUACCACUGGCAGAGCCACAAUGUCAAGCAGAGUGGUGUGGACGACAUGGUGCUACUCACCAAAAUCAAUGAAGACGCCAUUGUGGAAAACCUCAAGAAGAGAUAUAUGGAUGACUACAUUUUUACAUACAUUGGACCUGUGCUCAUAUCUGUUAACCCUUUUAAACAAAUGCCAUACUUUGGGGAGAAGGAGGUGGAGAUGUACCAAGGAGCAGCUCAGUAUGAAAACCCUCCUCAUAUCUACGCACUGGCAGACAAUAUGUACAGAAACAUGAUGAUUGACCGUGAAAGCCAAUGUGUUAUUAUCAGUGGUGAGAGUGGUGCUGGGAAGACAGUCGCAGCCAAAUACAUUAUGAGCUACAUCUCAAGAGUGUCAGGAGGAGGACCUAAAGUACAGCAUGUCAAAGACAUCAUUCUGCAGUCCAACCCUCUCCUGGAAGCCUUUGGAAACGCCAAGACACUGAGAAACAACAACUCGAGCCGAUUCGGCAAAUACUUUGAGAUUCAGUUCAGCUCCGGUGGUGAACCAGAUGGCGGAAAAAUCUCCAACUUCCUGUUGGAAAAAUCUCGCGUGGUCACAAGGAACCCUGGAGAAAGAAGCUUUCACAUCUUCUACCAGUUGAUCGAAGGGGCCACCGGGGAGCAGAGAAGCAGUCUGGGAAUCACCAGCCUGGAUUACUACACUUACCUCAACCAGUCAGGAUCCUACAAAGUGGAUGACAUCAAUGACAAAAAUGAUUUUCAGGAAACUCUGCACGCUAUGGGUGUCAUUGGGAUUUCAGGCGAGGACCUCACCAUGGUCCUGCAGAUUGUAGCUGGAAUUCUUCACCUGGGGAACAUCAGCUUCAGAGAGUCUGGGAACUACGCCGCUGUGGAGAGUGAGGAGUUCCUUGCAUUUCCUGCUUUCCUGCUGGGCAUCAACCAGGAGAGGCUAAAAGAGAAACUCACCAGCCGUAAGAUGGACGGCAGAUGGGGAGGCAAAUCUGAGUCAAUAGAUGUGACCCUGAACGUGGAGCAGGCGUGUUUCACACGUGACGCACUCGCCAAAGCUCUGCAUGCUCGUGUCUUUGACUACCUGGUAGAGUCAAUCAAUAAAGCCAUGGUAAAGGAUCAUCAGGAGGAGAACAUUGGGGUUCUGGAUAUCUAUGGAUUUGAGAUUUUCCAGAAAAACGGAUUUGAACAGUUCUGCAUCAACUUUGUGAAUGAGAAACUGCAGCAGAUCUUCAUUGAGCUUACACUGAAAGCAGAGCAGGAGGAGUAUGUACAAGAAGGAAUCCGAUGGACUCCCAUUGAGUACUUCAACAACAAGAUAGUCUGCGACCUCAUUGAGAGUAAAAAUCCCCCAGGUAUCAUGUGCAUCUUGGACGAUGUAUGUGCUACGAUGCAUGCGAAGGGGGAGGGAGCUGACCAGACGAUGCUGCAGAAGCUGCGCAUGCAGAUCAACAACCAUGAGCACUUCAACAGCUGGAAUCAAGGCUUUAUAAUCCACCACUAUGCGGGGAAGGUGUCCUACGAUGCUGACGGCUUCUGUGAGAGGAACAGAGACGUCCUGUUCACUGACCUCAUCGAACUCAUGCAGAGCAGUGAAAUAGCUUUUAUUCGGGCCCUGUUCCCAGAAAACCUCAAUGCUGAGAAGAAAGGUCGCCCCACCACAGCAGGCAGUAAAAUCAAGAAACAAGCCAACGAUCUGGUGAGCACACUCAUGAAGUGCACGCCCCACUACAUACGCUGUAUCAAACCCAACGAGACUAAGAAGCCCAGAGACUGGGAGGAGAGCAGAGUGAAGCAUCAGGUGGAGUAUCUUGGUUUAAAGGAAAAUAUCAGAGUGAGACGUGCUGGCUACGCUUACAGAAGAGUCUUCCGCAAGUUCCUCAACAGGUACGCUAUCUUGACAAAGGAGUCGUGGCCGACGUGGCGUGGAGAUGAGAAGCAGGGAGUGUUGCAUCUCCUGCGUUCUGUCAACAUGGACCAGGACCAAUACCAGCUUGGACGCACCAAGCUCUUUAUCAAAGCACCUGAAUCACUCUUCCUCCUGGAGGAAACUAGGGAGCGCAAGUUUGAUGGCUAUGCCAGGGCUAUCCAGCGUGCCUGGAGGCAGUACGUCGCCCGCAAGAAAUAUGUGCAGAUGAGAGAGGAAGCUUCUGACCUGCUGCUGAACAAGAAAGAGAGGAGGAGGCACAGCAUAAACAGGAACUUUGUGGGAGAUUACAUCGGCAUGGAUGACCGGCCCGAGCUCAGGCAGUUCCUGGCCAAGAGGGAGAAGAUUGACUUUGCAGACAAAGCCACUAAAUAUGACAGACGCUUUAAGGGCAUUAAGCGAGACCUAAUCCUCACACCUAAAUGUGUGUAUCUGAUUGGGAGAGAGAAGGUGAAGCAAGGUCCUGAGAAGGGCCAAAUAAAAGAGGUUCUCAAGCGUAAAAUCGAGGUGGACAAGAUCAUGGCUGUUUCUCUUAGCACGCUCCAGGAUGACUUUAUGAUCCUUCAUGAACAGGAGUACGACAGUCUGCUGGAGUGUGUCUUUAAGACCGAGUUUAUCAGCUUGCUGUCACGCAGACAUGAGGAAAAAACCCAGCGGAAGCUGGCUCUCAAAUUUGCCAACACAUUGGAGAUGAAGUUAAAGAAGGAGAGCUGGGGGCCGUGGAGCAAUGGAGGUUCUCGGCAGGUGCAGUUCAUGCAGGGUCAGGGAGACGUAGCCAUUCUGAAACCCUCCAACAAGGUGCUGCAGGUCAGCAUUGGACCAGGCCUCCCUAAGAACUCACGACCCACUAAGAAAGGCUCCGGUGUGAACCGUUCCAACACAUUUAGAACACACCAGCAUAUCCCAACACGGACUGCUCCCGGCCCUCCGGUCGCUCAUCAGAAUGGUGGGCUGAAACAUUCCAAUUAUACUGCCGGUCAGAGGAACAUGCAGUCUCAGAGGCCUGCAUCAGGUAAUCAGUCCCGCCCUUUCCUGCCCGUCACUGCCAAUCAGCUGAAGGACAGAAACAGCAGGCAGACGGCCCAGCAGCCCAACCUGGACUGCCUCAAAGUGCCUGAUCAGGGAGCUGCUGGAAACCAGCGGGCAUCUGCAAAUGGAGGAAUGGCUCACAGGCAGUCAGCUAACAGGCCUACCCCAGGAGGUGGACGGCCCAAACCUGCUCCCAAACCCAAGCCUCAGAUGCCUCAGUGUAAAGCUCUGUAUGCCUACGACGCCCAGGACACAGACGAGCUUAGCUUCAAUGCUGAUGACAUCAUCGAAAUCAUCAUGGAAGAUGCCUCAGGCUGGUGGACGGGGAGGCUGAGAGGUAAACAGGGCCUUUUCCCCAACAACUACGUCACCAAGAUCUAACUCCAUCUACUGCAGCCGAGCGGCCAGUCGGAGAAUCACACGUACCUCAAAGACUCCUAGUGCAGUGGAAAUGGACAACUGAGAGAAAGAGGGAGAAGACGGCGACGUGGAGAUCUUGCUGUACCUGCAUGCUGUAGUCUUAACACAGUGAGGUUUGCAGCGGAGUCCUUCAGUCUUAUAGAGCACAAGGACGCUGGCCAGCACACUUCUCUCCAGGGACAAGAGUUACACAGUCCCUGUGAGCACUGAUCAACUAUUUAUUGUAUUUAUAGCUUUCAACAUUUUAGUUUCCUUCCUUUGGUUCAGCCAUCAGUGAUAUUUAAAUUUAUUUCAUUUGAAGACACAAAGCAACCAUUGUACCUGGGACCUGAAAAUCAUUUUUUCUUUUGAAAUGGAAGGAUUUUCUUGUGUAAAUGAAGGUGCUUUACUGUAGAUGUAUCGUGGUUUAUGAUCUCUUAUAGCUCUAAGUUCAAAUCUAAGGUUUAUAUAGGGAAUAUUUUUGCUGCUAAUGCCUGAUUGAUUUUAAUUACUGCAUCUCAAAAAAUGUACUUUUUAACUGAAAUUUUCAAAGCAUUAGUCUUUAGAAGUCAGUGAAGCCCCAAUCCACAAAGCACACGUGUUACUGUGGAAAUGUUCCGUAUACUGUGUGCACUGCACGUGGUUACAAAGCACUUUAUCGGUCCUGCCCCUGCCAGCCACCCCAGGAUGUAUAUAUGAAGGUUUGCCAAAGAUGCACAAUUUGCUGAAGGGAACUGUUUUGAAAGCAAUUUGUUUACAUAAUAAACAUACAGGCAUUUUGCAUCGA